GAAUAUCGAACUGUGCACUGUUUGAGCUAUGCGUUACAGGUGAUGGGAAUAUUAUUUUUGUUUUUGUUGGCUUUACUUACCAAUCUUACUGCCUGCAACUAUUACGAUACUCUUGGCGUAUCAAGAUCUGCAACAUCAGUGGAGAUAAAGUCAGCAUACAGAAAGUUAGCUAAGAAAUGGCAUCCAGAUAAAAAUCCAUCUGAAGAAGCAAGUAAAAAAUUCAUAAAAAUAAAUGAAGCAUAUGAGGUUUUAUCUAACACCAAGAAGCGUCAUGAAUAUGACACUUUCGGAAGAGUUCAUUCGGAUGGUAGCGUUCCUCCUCCUGGACACCGUCCUUAUCGUCAUGAGUUCGUACACUCUGCAUUCGAAGAACUAUUUGACUUCUUUCCUGGAUUCAACAGUGCUCCGCAAUUCUCAGUGAAUGUUGUAAAUAUUGACUUCCGGAGCUAUCGCCUAACUCAUCUUCCAAGAUCUCGGACGGUGCCAUUAUUCAUUCUUGGUUAUUCAGAUUUCUGUUUCCCUUGUCGUCAAGUUCGUCCACUUUGGUCUCAUUUAGCAGAUGAACUUACUCCAUUGGGAAUAACCGUAGCCAGUGUUAAUUUAGAACAUGAUUCUGCAUUACGUGAGGAACUACGUGUACUACAUGUUCCAAGUGUGACUAUAAUUGUUGAUGGUCAGAUUACUUAUUAUUCUCGAAGUGAUUUCAAUCAUAACAGCCUAAUUGAUGCUUUGAGAAAUGUCAUUAUGAAAUCGAAUCCAUCAAAAUCGAAAGCGCUGCCUACAUUCCUCAGUACAACAAUUGAUACACCAUUAAUUCAAAUGAUCAGUGACUAUAGUCAAUUUGUAAACACAUUUCACUAUGGUUGGCGUCGUGAUAGUCGGCCUAGAAUGCUAUUCAUUAAACCGUUAGCACUGCCACCAUUGCGUUAUUGUAUUGCUGCUUUCAAAGCUGCAGAUCACUUAGCCGCAGGAUAUAUUAAUUCUGAGGCUGAGAAUAAUUAUGAAUUAAUUAAAAAAUUUAAUGUGAAUCCAGAUGAGGAGACAUUUUUAAUAUUCCAUGAAGACUCAAAUGUACCAGUGUAUCGUCAGACAGCAAGUAAAUUAUCUCCUUCUACUCUAGACAAUGCAAUGUUAGCCUAUAGUCAACUACUUGUACCAAGAGUAUAUAGUCGUGCUCGCCUGUUAGAUUUAUGCCCAACUGAUGGAAGUGAACCAGCUAGUAAAUAUGCACAAGAAUCUGAUAAACGUUACAGCCAGUCAUCAUAUCAUCAUUAUUCACCCAAUCAUCGUCAUAUAUGCCUAGUACUUUUAUUAAAUUCACGACAAUUGAAUAUUGAACAAAUCCAUAGUCUUGGUGACAUUUGGUUAACAAUGUUUAGUCGUACUGUGGAAACAUCUAAAAAAGAUUUAUUAAAGUUAUAUCAUAUUGGUCAAAGUAACUUUCAUUUUAUGCCUGUAUAUAUUUAUGCUGAUCGUCAAAUUGAGUUAAUGACUAGAUUGAGUAAAUUCUCCUCAUGCUCAGAGGAAUCGUGUAAUUUAAUUAGUGAAGAUAAUAUGGGUCGUUUAGCUUUGAUUUGGCGUAUCAGUUCAACGGAGACUGUGUAUCAUCUUCUCCCGGAUAAUUCAUUAUCUCAUCCACGAAAAUAUAUAAACCAAGAGACUUUUAGACAAUCUCCACCAGAUAAAACUAUGAAAAUGCGAAAAGCUGUUGAACAAAUGUCUAUCGCUUUAAUCAACGACUUGAAAGAUGUCGUGAAAACGAUAAAUGAUAAUAAAAUGUAUUCAUCAAGUCAACUGUCUAAUUCAAUUGGAAAACUGAAUGAUUGGUAUCUACUAAAAGAUUGCAUGAUUGAAGAAUUAAUUGUCGAUGAAUUAGUCGCCUCAAUAUGGAUUAGACUACGAAAUAGAUUAUUACAGAUUUUUGUCGAUAUUGGACAUUGGUUAUUUGACCUUGCAAAUCAUCCAUUGGCAUUUGUAUUUUCUAGUUUUUUGAUUAUCAUUGGAUUAUUACUAUUCAGUUUAUUAUCAACAAUAUCACAAGGCAUGACAUAUGAACAAGCUAAGCAUAAUACAAAGAUGUCUAACAAUAAUAAUAAUAACAAUAAUAGUAAUAACAGAAAAGGUGAAGAAGAAGCCACCAAUACAACGGCUACUCCUAGUGGUGGUAGUAGUCCAUCUCCAAGUCAAUCCACUAGUUAUUCAGACACGUAUGCAUCUUAUGAAGAGUGAUUUAAUCAUUUUAUCUUCUUUUUAAAAAUUUGUUUGAGUCACUUUGCAUUUCUCAUUGAUUGAUUGACUGCACCGAAAUACUAUGUCGAGAUGUCAACUCCGUGUACGGAUGUUUCAACCAUGUUUUAAGAUAAGUAUGAUGUUAUUUUUGUCUUAAUGUUGGAGGCUAGCACACAGUGAGACGCACUUUGUGGAAUCGGGCACUCGUCACAUGGAUGUAGCUGUAUCUCCAAGGAGUAAUAAUGUUUUUCCCGCUGGGACUCGAACCCAAGGUGUAAUUAGAGAGUACAUCUCUUAUUUUCACUGGUAGAAUACUGCCAACCUAUGAAUUAGAAGGCUGGUGAUUGUAUCUUGUCUCAUUCUGAAUUUGCCUACUGCUAUCUGUUACAUCAAUGAAAGACAUCAAAAAUACCAAAUAAGAUUGGGAAAAUAGUGUAAAUACGCAUUAGCUUGGAUAGUAUAAAUUUUUGAAAGUUGCCUAAAAUCUGUCACUCUUCGAUUAUCAGUAAGCUGAAAGCAAGCUUGUCAUACUUAAAUGAUGAAUGACAUGACGUGUUGAAUUAAUUCAAAAACGCAGAAGACUGCUGAAUAACGAGGCAUUGAUAAUACGACCGCUGGAAGUUAUAUAGCAAGAAAAGUAAAACAAAAAUAAAUUUAAUCUUAUUACUAUAAUAGUUCUUUUUUCUCUUAUUGAUUGCUUAGAUCAUCUACAAUAACUCCAGUCGUAGCUUUAAAUCCUUCUACAUAUGAUCGCCUAAUUCGUGAUGCGCCUAAAGGUUUUAGAGUAUUAAUACUCUGUAUCCGUGGUACUGGUACGCCUCAGGAUGAUAGAUUACGUGAUCAGUUUGGUUUUGUAACUCGUCGUGUCUGUGGAACACAAAUCCAGCGUGCUUGUCUCUCGAUGGAUCGAUAUGCUGGUUGGCUUGCAAAACUGCUCGAGUCAACUAGAUCUAAUUUUCCCGUUCGUAUUCGUACAAAUGGCAGUGUAUGUAGAAAUAGACAGCAGUUAAAAGAGGGGAAUACCUGCAGUAGUAAAGUUGGCACAUUGUUUAUCAAUCCAGUAAAUUGUGUUGGCACAGUGAUUGCUGUCAACGGUUACCGACGAUAUUUCAACCUCUAUCAUCCAUUAAUACCUGGAUCUCAAAGUAGUUCUGAUGAAGCUGAUGAUUCAGACAGAGAAAGAUCAUUACUACCAUCGGAAACUGGGAAGCGUCUUCGACGUAGACACAUUUUUGGUCGUGCAUUCGGUUUAGAAUCCGAUGAUGAAGAAGACAUUCAAUCCGAUGGCAUUAAUAAUCGUGAACAUUUGAAGUCUAGACAUCAAAUUAGUGAUGGUGCAUUAUUUGACAGUGAAUUGUUAAGUGGAUUAUCUAAUUGGUUGGAUCGUUUAUUCGAAGGCUCACUUCCUCGUUAUAAUAUUGCAGAAUGGCCAGUUGGUCUGCUUGGUGAUGAUUAAAUUAGUAGUAUAACAGUGUAUUGAUUAGGUGAUAUUGCAUAAUCCCUUAUCCAACAAAUCAUACAUUUCUUUUCAUUCCCUUUAUAUCAUAAUACUUGAAGUAUUUGUUUUUAUUGUAUGUACCUGUAUAUCAUUGUAUGGAUAUUGAUGACAUCCCAAUUAAGUCAACUAACGUUCAGCAUAAGCUAAAUACUAUUUGGAAAGGGAUAGUUCCAUUACUGUUAGUUAAUAAUUUACUAUUUAUUCUUCGUGAUUACUCUUGCCAUGAUAUAUGUUAAUAUUAUUGUUAAAAAUUCUAUACUUUUAUUCGUACUUACAGUUACUCGUUUUUUUAUUGCUUUGGAUUCACCUUUUGUUAUGCGUAACAGUCUUUUAAAAAUUAGAAAUUUGUUUGUAUUUAUUCUUAUCUAGCACUUCACCUGUUUAUUUGUUUCAAAAGAAUUUAUACCUCUGAACGUGUGCCAUGGUUUUUUUUAAUCUUGGGGUGUAUAUAACAAACUACAGUGAAAGAUUGUCCCCUUGUGAAUUAAAAUGACCUAAUUAUCAU